CAGCUGUUUUGUUUAUUGUUGCACAAUGCGACAACCGGUAGUCAGCUCAUGGAAUUUAUUAGUUAAACGGUUCCUACAUACAAAUAAUGCAGCGCAAUUCGCCAAACAACAGCCCAACAACCUUAAGGGUAAAAGCAAAAGCUCUCAGGAUUGGUUAACACGGCAGCUGGCGGACCCGUAUGUGGAAAAGGCGCGCAUGUUAAAUUUCCGAUGUCGAAGCGCUUUCAAGCUUCUUGAAAUGGAUGAUAAAUACAAGAUUCUUAAACCUGGCGAUGUAGUGUUGGACUGUGGAGCCGCGCCAGGUAGUUGGACACAAGUAGCUGCCGAGCGAACCAAUGCAAAUGGCAAAACGGAGCGUAUGCCGAGGGGUGCUGUAUAUAGUAUAGAUCUUCUUCAUUUCCACGCAGUGCCAGGAGCGACAAUAUUUGGAGGAAUGGAUUUUACUAGCCCUCUUGCUCAGCAACGUUUACGAGAGUCGCUAGCUGGUCGCUCAGUCAACUGCGUUCUCUCGGACAUGGCACCCAAUGCAACAGGCGUGCGUAUGCUUGACCAGGAGAGUAUUACAAAUCUGUGCUAUGAAGUACUCAGGUUUGCACUUGCAAUGUCGGCACCGCAGGCCAAUUUAGUUGUAAAAAUCUGGGACAAUGGCGAUGUACCCAAACUGGAACGCGAUAUUUUGUGCUAUUACGAAAAAGUUAAAAGGGUAAAACCACGCGCUAGUCGUGGCGAUUCUGCGGAGCAUUUCUUACUGGCGCGCGGAUUCAAAGGUCUAGCACCAACGGCUACAUAGUCAUAUUUAGUUUUAAUAGUCGUAUGCA